GCUAUGGCAAGCCGGCUUUUUCACAUUCUGCAUUUAUUGGUGAUUCUGCAGUCCAGCGGGGGUAAAGUCCUAACUGAGGAUCUUGAUGAAGUCGUGCGUCAAGGUGGAGAUGUCCCGUCGCCUGAAGAGCAGCGCGUAUUUGCGCACGAAAGCGCAAACAAGGAUAUGGUCUCCAUCAGCAUGUUCAAAGUGUACGAGAAGUACAGUAAAGAGCCGCGGAGUCAAAGGGACGGAAACACCGUGAGGAGUUUCAAAGCUGUCCCGGGAGUCUUGCAUGGCAAAGAUGUGUUCCAAUUCAACUUAUCCUCCAUCCAAGACUCAGAGGUCAUUCUCUUUGCGUCUUUUCACUUCCUCUACAAACGCCCCCGCCACCACCAGCGACCGUGGCAUUUCCGAAGGCCUCGCCACCCGUCUGGCAGCCUCCAGCAUCCUCCCUCCUCACAGCUCCUCAUCCAUGGAUCGUCCCCAAACUCUGCUUUUGCAACGCCACUGGGAAACAUAACUCUGACGCCUUUCAAGAAAGGCUCUUGGCAAUCGAGGGAUAUCACAGCAGUGGUGAAACAAGCCAGAGAUGUCAAAGAGCUCGUGGUCACGGUGGAGUUUGAUAUGGGAUUUGGGGCGGCUCGGAUGCAACAGAGGAGUCCUCACGGCCAUGAGCGCCUCUCUCCAGCCAACCUGCCAUAUAUUUUGCUAUACGCUGAUGAUCGAGCCAUAGACGAACCAAACAGUGUAGCCAUGUCACUCCAGCGCUACGGGCCCUUUCCGGUAGGGGAGGAUUCGUCCACCUCAGCUUCAAGGAUCCGGAGGGAGCUUCAACACCAGAUCCACACAAAUGACAUUCCAGAGGUCCAGUUCAACACCUUAAAGAACCAUGAACUGUGGCAGAGCACAUUUUUCCCCGCCAAAUCUAAAGCAGUGAUCAAACCAGGAAGGAAGCCGGGCCAGGAGAUCAGCGAGGGCUUGAGUAAGCCGCAGGUGCUGAGCUUUGAUGAGCGGACAAUGAAGAAGGCCAGGAGGAGACAGUGGAGCGAGCCCAGAGUGUGCUCCAGGCGCUACCUAAGGGUGGACUUCGCUGACAUUGGCUGGAGCGAGUGGGUGUUGGCCCCAAAGUCGUUUGAUGCCUACUACUGUGCCGGCACAUGUGGAUUCCCCAUCCCUAAGGUGGUGCGUCCAUCCAAUCACGCCACCAUCCAGAGCAUCGUCAGAGCUGUGGGAAUCGUCCCUGGUGUUCCCGAACCAUGCUGCGUACCAGAGAAGAUGAGUCCUCUCAGCGUACUUUUCCUUGACCUGCACAGGAAUAUGGUGCUCAAAGUUUACCCCGGCAUGUCUGUGGAUACGUGUGCCUGUCGGUAGGGUAGAAAACACCAGAGCUGCCAAAUAUGCAAUCAAUGCGAAUGAAAGACAGCGAGGAGGACAUAACUAGAUUGAGCAUAAAGAAGGAAGGCAUUUUUCAGAUGGAAUAACAGUAGUGGUGAGACUCAAUGGGGACAGCUGAGAGAGCUUUGAAAUACAUUGAA